CGGGGAUGCAGCAUCAGGGCCAGAGCUCGCUACCAGGGCCAUAAACAUAAAAGAAAACAUAAACAAACGCAACAACGACGCAAUGGGCUUUCCGCGCAUCCUCAGCAAGAACAACAAAAUCUACACGAAGCUGGGCGAGUUCUGUUUGUCGGGCGACAGCUUCUGGAUCGUUUGCCACACGUGCCAGGAGGAGCUCCAAACGCAGGAUCAGUUCUGGAAGCACAUCCAGGACGAGCACAACUUUCUGCAUGGCGUUGCCAAGCAGGAGCACAGCAGAACCUCGAGCUACUGCCUCACCGAUGUGGAGGCGGCCGCAGCGGCUGCGGGUGCGGCCACGCCAGGCGGUAGCGGCUCCCAGGGGGCGGGCAGUGUGACGGCGGUCACAGUGCCUUUAGCUUUGUACCAUUGCUCGACCAAGUAUUCCGAGGAGGAGCAGCGCGAGGCGGAGCUGCAUGAGGCGCAACAGCAGCAGCAACAACAACAACAGCAGCAGCAGCAGGUACAAGUACAGCAGCAGGUUCAGCAGCAACACCAGGCCCAACAUCAGCAGCAACAGCAGCAGCAACACCAACAGCAGCAACAGCAGGCUCACCAGCAACAACUCCAGCAGCAACAGCAGCAGCGGGAUGUGGCCAAGGAGCUGGCCGAGCUGCAUGCCAAUGCUGUGGCCGCCGCUACCGCUGCAGCAGCAGCCAUUGGCGGCGGCGAGGGCAGCACACGCAGCAGCAUUGACAUUAAAAUCGAACCCUCCCAACUAACCAUGACGCCGGAGAUGCAGGCUGCAGCGGCGGCGGCAGCAGCGGGCACCAUCUAUCAUCUACCGCAGCUAGUCCCAGCACCAGUGGUCCCACCGCCGCCGCCCACGCCUGGCUUUGUGAGUGUCAGCGCCAGCACCAGCACCUCCAACACGGUCAGCACAACGCCGCCGAAUGUGACGGCCGUGCUGCAGCAGCAACAGCAACAGACCGGAGCGGGACUCACCAAUCUCAGCCUGAAUGUGACGCCAUCGACUGCCAUGGCCGCUGCCAUGCUAGCCGCCAGUCAAGAGCUGCCCAAAGACUCGAACAGCACGACGGCGAGUGCCGGUAGCGCUGUGUCCUCGGACGAUGGCGAGCGCUGGUACGUCUGCGACUAUGAGACGUGCGGGCUCAAGUUCAAGUACAAGUCGCGGAUGGAGCUACACCGUGUGGUGCACAGCAAGGAGCGGCGCUUUAAUUGUGAGCUGUGCAGUGCAUCCUUCAAGCAGUCCUGCAACCUGUCCACGCACCGCAAAAAGAAGCAUGCGCUGCGAGGCAUCAAGAACGAAAUACUGCCGCAGCGCUUCUAGGCCGUAGUAGACCGUAGUUAACCCCACAUCCAAAUCCUAAUCCUAAUCCUCCUUCUCCCUAUCACUCGUUUAGCCAGAUUCUGAACUGCAGCUUGAACCCUGAACCCCGGACCCUGCAAUUUCUAACUAAGUUUAAACAACUCAAAUUUAAUUUUGAAACCGUAGCUUCAACGUCUGCCUGCUGGCCAAAGAUUGUUUGCAAAAGUUCCAUUCUAAAUUUAAAGGGUUUUUUUUAUGCUGCUUAAAAUUGUUGUAAAGGUUUCCCUACGAUAAUCCUUUGGCCAGCAGGACGGCAUACGGUUAUAUAUAUAUACAAAUAUAUGAAUAAUUGUAUCUAAUUUAGGACUAGUUCCCCCUGUAAAUGUAAUGGUAAUGCCCGAGCGAGGUUAUGUUAACCUUCCUCCCAUUAACGUUUAAUUACGCCCUAGAUGUACAUGCAAAUCUUUUAUAUAGUGGCUAAGAUAAUGCGAACUAGCUCGAUAUCGUAUUGGACAUCGAGGUUAGCAGUCAGUUGGUUCCGUGUUACGUUAGUUACUCCCACUUUUGCCUAGUAACUGCGACCAGUGCGCGACAGUGUAUUUACCAUUAGAUCAAUCAAUCAAUCAAACGAAGGCAAGCCACAGCCCAGGCAACAAGCCAAGGCAACAGGCAACAAGCAAACAGCCGAAACACACACACACA